GACGACAGCACUGACAUCACCGCUCCCCCGCCGGACUGUCACUCCUCUGCUGUUUCCAUGACAACCACGACGGCCUGCGGAGCGGAGUCUUGCGAUGAGCCUGUAGCAGAAAGAGAGGAACUAGCUGCAGAAUGUGUAAGGAGAAUCUCUCGCUCUCUCUCUCCCUCCCCCUCUACCUCUCUCUCUCUCUCUCUCUCUCUCUCUCUCUCUCUCUCUCUCUCUCUCUCUCUCUCUCUCUCUCUCUCUCUCUCUCUCUCUCUCUCUCUCUCUCUCUCUCUUUCUGUCUCUCACUCCAUAUGCUGGGGAUAGUGGUGGGCUGUAGCACACACACAGACAGGGGCAUGUGAGAAUGGUUAGGGAAGAACAGAACAGAAUAGAGGGAUUGCGUAUCUAGGCAGGCAGGCAGACUACAUACACACACACACACAGAGCCAGGCAGGCAGAGGUAUGUGAUGAGCCCCUGACAACUGCAGGCAUGCAGGCAUGCAGCUACUGCCUCAGUCUCAGCGUCUUCCUCCCAGCUCAGCUCUGCAUCUGCCUGGGAACAGGACUCCGCAGAGAGAGAGGAUUGAAGAGCAGGUUCAUGGUGGUAACUAACUGGGCUUCUUCAUCUAAUCUUUGUGCUGUGCUGCUCUGCUGGCUCGGCUGUCUGUCUGGUCCUCUCUGUGUGAAACGCAGCUACCCAGCCGCUAGCCGUCCGUCAGUAGCUGUCGGUGCAUUGUGUUAAUUUGUGCUAUAAUCCGAGCAACACGUCUUAGCCUCUGCUGGGGUUGAGGUUACAGCAGCAUCAUCGACAGCCAGGGUCGUUGGGUUUAUGGCCGUCAUGUAUUUUGUAUGAGGAAGGAUGCUAUAGGUGAGAACGAAUGCUAACGUUGUAUAUUCCAACCUUGCUUUUUGCUCAUAGUCAUUGUUGCUGUUGCAUGCACUGGUUUAUUAAAUGCAUGGAGAAUGGCUGUGCAUGUUUCCAGUAAUGGCCAACUGCAAUUCAUUAGUACCCGCAUUGAACUGCGUCAUUAAUUGUUCUGUGCGAUACUAGAGCCUUAGCUACAUGUCUUAUUUCCCAUCCUCGUCUUGUUGGAUAUGAAAACUUACCCCAAUGCCCUUCAGUUUUAUCCACAGUCAUGUUGUUUAUCAUGUAACGGUCUGCAGCUAUCUGUUGUUUAUCAAGCUGAUGCUAGGAACCACAGAAUCUAGACAUUAGCAGUUUGGGGGCCGAUCAAUGAUGACCUGUCAAUCAAUGAGCUGCUAUCACUCAAUGCUGUCAAUCCCCUAAUGAUGCUGAAUGUGCGUCUGUAGAGAGUUGAGGGGUAAGGGGUGAAGGUUCAGGGGUUACGAGUCAGUCUGAUGACCUUUCACCCGAUCCAUAGUUCCAUAAUGAGGCCCACCAUGAUGUAUGCAGGAAUAAUUUGACAGACACCAACGCAAUCCACCCAAUCCAUCCUUGAACAGCACCUAGCAUUGGUGCCAUUGUGUCAAGCUGUUAUGCGUUGUUGGGAAAUUCCAUUGUUUAUCUAAAAAGGAUAGACUCGUCCUGUUGUCUCUGCUAUUUGGGAUAUUUUCUGCAAUCUCAAAGGCUUCCCUUGCAUUCCUAUUCCCUAGAAUUCCCAUUCCAUUCCAUUCCAAGGCUUCCCAAGUCAUUCUGUGAAGGAAACAGAUACAGAUAUGUGCCCUUAGUCAGUCUGUCUGUCUGUCUGUCUGUCGGUAUGUCUAUCUCAGUACAUUCAACAAUGAGAGCCUCUCAGAGUCAAGAGUGUCAUGUUUAAAGUACAGUCUGUGUCUCAGGAUAUUAAACACAAUUUCAUUAGUCAAACCUACCAGGUUCAGAAUGGAUUAAUAUCUGUUGCAAUUCAGCCCAUGAUGGCACCAUUAACACGGGUAGUCUAUGCUACAGAGAAUGCUCUCUCAGGCCCCUGAGUGUAUGAUACAGUGAACCCACUUCCUAUAGCCUCUCACAUGACGCUUACAUCUCUCUUUAUUUCUCUCUCUCUCUCUCUCUCUCUCUCUCUCUCUCUCUCUCUCUCUCUCUCUCUCUCUCUCUCUCUCUCUCUCUCUCUCACUCUCUCACUCUCUCACUCUCUGUCUCUCUCUCUGUCAACCUCUCUCUAUCAACACUGACCAUGCCUCUUUCAACCAAUAGCAGAUGACAUGUACAGUUGAUUGACAGGUGUGUCUCUCCAAUCAGCAUUACUCUGGCCUGGGCUGCAGGCGCUCCAGCUCAGACGCAGCCUAUGAGCCGGCCGAGUCGGUGAGGGCCCAGCGCGAGUGCCGCCUCCGGCCCCACUACAGCGACCCCAUGCCAGCCGAUGCCACCAAGCGCAAACAGCUGGAGAUGAAGAUCGCUGCAGCUGCACGCCUCCACAGCCAGCGUCGGGACAGGGACAGUGGUGAGGGGAGCUACAUAUCAAAGAUCCCUAUUCAGCCCAUAUCAAGCAUCCCUGUUCAGCCCAUAUCAAACAUCCCUGUCUAGCCCAUAUCAAACGUCCCUGUCUAGCCCAUAUCAAGCAUCCCUGUUCAGCCCAUAUCAAGCAUCCCUGUCUAGCCCAUAUCAAGCAUCCCUGUCUAGCCCAUAUCAAGCAUCCCUGUUCAGCCCAUAUCAAGCAUCCCUGUUCAGCCUAUAUCAAACAUCCCUGUUCAGCCCAUAUCAAACAUCCCCGUUCAGCCCAUAUCAAGCAUCCCUGUUCAGCCCAUAUCAAGCAUCCCUGUUCAGCCCAUAUCAAACAUCCCUGUCCAACCCAUAUCAAAUCAACAGUCUAACUUAAUCAUAAUCACACAUUAUCCUCAGGAAUAGUAUUUCCUAACACAAGUCUCUCUUCGUGUGUUAAUUCCCCUUGACCAAUCCUGACAACGUACCAUUCCACAAAACUACCCACACGAGUCAUCACACGAGUCAUCACACUCAUCCUUCUCAUCCUACUUACCGUUUGGGCAGUCUUCCCAGCGGCCUUGUCUGGCAUGGAGCCCAUGUUGUGCAGUCUAACAAUGAGCCAGGUUAAGAAACCAACACCCACAUGAACCCAACCUCAGUUCUACUGCCACAAACUUUAUUAUUCUUGAAUGUGACCUCACUUACUCUCUCUAAAGUGCUGUCCUCAUCUUUACAUUAUGGACCUCAACACUGCAGUGUGACUGUCUCUUUGCUAUUGAAACAUUCUGAAUCACUUAUUUAGAGCCUCAGCCCCCUCUCUGUUUUCCUCAGAUUGUGUUCAGGGCAGCCAGCUGAAUCACUGUAAAGGAGCUAGCUAUCAAGUAGGAUUUUAAAUGGCAAUCUUCAGAGGCCCUUACACUAACAUACCCUGCAAUUUUAAGAUUGGGUCUGUUUUGAAGAGUAGGAGCCUAUUAGUAUUGUCUCUUCAGGAUAGGGCUGCUGUGUCGAGUUAUAUAACAACAAAUUGCAGUUUUCUCAGAAUGUUUGUGACCUUUCACUCCUCAAUUCCCUUAUUGCUAACAGGGUAACACCCUGCACCCUCAACACAAAACUAUCUGGCAUGUUAGGGCAUGUAAGUCUAUAUGCUAUAUGACAGGUUUUGGCAUAAGGUCAAAACUGGCUCACAAGUGAUUUUUUAUUUUACCCCUAUAUACAGUACCAGUCAAAAGUUUGGACACACCUACUCAUUCCAGUUUUUUUUUUUUUUUUACUAUUUUCUACAUUGUAGAAUAAUAGUGAAGACAUCAAAACUAUGAAAUAACACAUAUGGAAUCAUGUAGUAACCAAAAAAGUGUUAAACAAAUCAACAUAUAUUUUAUAUUUGAGAUUCUUCAAAGUAGCCACCCUUUGCCUUGAUGACAGCUUUGCACACUCUUGGCAUUCACUCAACUAGCUUCAUGAGGUAGUCACCUGGAAUUAAUUUCAAUUAACAGGUGUGCCUUGUUAAAGGUUAAUUUGUGGAAUUUCUUUCCUUCAUAAUGCGUUUGAGCCAAUCAGUUGUGUUGUGACAAGGUAGGGGGGUAUACAGAAGAUAGCCCUAUUUGGUAAAAGACCAAGUCCAUAUUAUGGCAAGAACAGCUCAAAUAAGCAAAGAGAAACGACAGUCCAUCAUUACUUUAAGACAUGAAGGUCAGUCAAUCCGGAACAUUUCAAGAACUUUGAAAGUUUCUUCAGGUGCAGUCGCAAAAACCAUCAAGCGCUAUGAUGAAACUGGGUCUCAUGAGGACCGCCACAGGAAUGGAAGACCCAGAGUUACCUCUGCAGCAGAGGAAAUUGCAGCCCAAAUAAAUGCUUCACAGAGUUCAAGUAACAGACACAUCUCAACAUCAACUGUUCAGAGGAGACUGCGUGAAUCAGGCCUUCAUGGUCGAAUUGCUGCAAAGAAAACACUACGAAAGGACACCAAUAAGAAGAAGAGACUUGCUUGGGCCAAGAAACACGUGCAAUGGACAUUAGACCAGUGGAAAUAUGUCCUUUGGUUUGGUCCAAAUUUGAGAUUUAUGGUUCCAACCACCGUGUCUUUGUGAGACGCAGAGUAGGUGAACGGAUGAUCUCCGCAUGUGUGGUUCCCACCAUAAAGCAUGGAGGAGUAGAUGUGAUGGUGUGGGGGUGCUUUGCUGGUGACACUGUCUGUGAUUUAUUUAGAAUUCAAGGCACACUUAACCAGCAUGGCUACCACAGCAUUCUGCAGCUAUACGCCAUUCCAUCUGGUUUGCGCUUAGUGGGACUAUCAUUUGUUUUUCAACAGGACAAUGAACCAACACACCUCCAGGCUGAGAAAGGGCUAUUUGACCAAGAAGGAGAGUGAUGGAGUGCUGCAUCAGAUGAUCUGGCCUCCACAAUCACCCGACCUCAACCCAAUUGAGAUGGUCUGGGAUGAAUUGGACCGCAGAGUGAAGGAAAAGCAGCCAACAAGUGCUCAGCAUAUCUGGGAACUCCUUCAAGACUGUUGGAAAAGCAUUCCAGGUGAAGCUGGUUGAGAGAAUGCCAAGAGUGUGCAAAGCUGUCAUCAAGGCAAAGGGUGGCUAUUUGAAGAAUCUCAAAUAUAACAUAUAUUUUGAUUUGUCGAACACUUUUUUGGUUACUACAUGAUUCCAUAUGUGUUAUUUCAUAGUUUUGAUAUCUUCACUAUUAUUCUACAAUGUAAAAAUAAAGAAAAACCCUGGAAUGAGUAUGUGUGUCCAAACUAUUGACUGGUACUGUUUAUUUUAGGAAAUGUGUUUCUAAGUAUUCCCACAAAUAAAAAAAGAUGUGUGAUCGUGUCUCAAUGUAAUCAAGGUAUGAAAUGAUAGUUAUCUUCAAAUUCAAUCUCUUUUUGGGCUUACUUGUAUUCAAUUUGCAGUGUACAAAUUAUUAUAAUUACUGUAUGUUCCGACAAAAAUCGGGCUGCGGCUGAAUCUAGUUGCCUACCCCUGCCAUAUGGUAAUGUUGACCUUAUACUAUUGACAUUAUUGCCAGAACAGGGGUCAAACCUUAGAGGCGAGGGGAUGGUGUGGGGGUAAGAUUGUUUUUUACAUAUCUGACCAUGUUAUCCAUUUAUAUAAUUUUGCGUUACAACAAUGCGGGAUUGAUUGGAGACAGGGAGGUCUCUUGUACACCUGUUAACAAUGAUGUGUGACUUGAAUCUAGCCCAUAGGCAUAUUGUGUGUUUAUAAACAUUGGUUGGUCUAACCUGUGUUCCUUCCUGUGUGUGUGUGUGUCCCAUAGCACCUGCCUCGGUGCGGGUGCGCUCUGAGCCCCGCGGUGAGGAGCGUCUUGGGGUUCUGGGCGUGACAAGUGCUGGGCAUAACCGCUGGAGCACUGUGAGCAGCCUCAGUGCCGACAGCGGUGUGGUGGGCCUGUGUGACGACCGCGACGAUGACGAUGAACCCCGGAGAGUACAUCGCAGCGGAGGGGCAGAGGUAGAACGGGUGGACAGUGGGAUUGGACCCUGCCUGGCCCGCGGCUGGAAGAGACCCUCUAACUCCCUCCGGGCCUGGGAGGCCCAAAGACCCUGCCCAGACUGUGGCCAGAGAGACGGGCAUGGGGUGGCCCGGACGGACGGGGAGGGUACCAGUAUGUGUGAGCGCUGCUCCAAGUUGAGGACGGAGAGGAAGGAAGCCAUCUUGGAGUUCCUGAACACUGAGUCAAGCUACGGGGAGGACCUGAGGAUCAUCAAGGAGGAGUUCUACUGUCCCAUGCAGAGUGCCGGGCUGCUGACCUCAGAACAGCUGACUGUGGUGUUCAGCAACGUUCAGGAGCUCAUAGACGUCAAUGAACGCUUCACUGAACAUCUGCAGGACAGCAUCGAUCAGGCCUUCGACCAGGUGAGGUGACACUUUUGAACCUAGACCACCAGUCAGCUCAACAAAUGUUUAAAAUUAUCAUGCCAAUCUCAUAGGCAGCAAAUCGUUACAUCCAUGGCUCUGAAUUUGAGUUGUGGUUACACAGUGAUCAAUGUAAUCAUUGUCAUUGUUGUUGUUCCCUUUCAGGGAGAUGAGGACCUCCUAACAGUGUGCAUUGGAGAGAUUUUCCUGGAGUUUGUCAACAUGCUGCCAGCCUUCCAGACGUACUGCCUGCAGCAGUCCAUCUCUGUCAACAUGCUCAACACCUUGGAGAAGGAGAAGGAACUGCUCAGGUAAAGACUGUGUAAAAGUGCACUUCAAAGACAAAUAAGGGAACUUUGGUUUUUAUUUUUCCUAAUUCAUGAUUGAGAUCAAGAUAACAUUUACACCAAAUGUAUUGUAUAGAACAUUUCCACUGACCAGAAUUCUCUGCGCUCUUGCCCUCUUCUGUCCUCCGAGGACUGGAACAAUAACUUUGAACCCUAAGUUCCCACUACGCUGUGUGGAACUUAGUGGAAGAGACGGAAAGUUAUCAUUAAUUCAUAACUAGUCCUAUUUUGAGAACGGUGCUGAAGUCAAUACUUUUUUUAGAUCCAGCCAACUACAUCACAUCUCACCCAUAAUGACUCAGCCUGCCUUGUCUUCCCACUGGGCACAGAUAUCAGUUCAACGUCUAGCUUUGAUUUACAUAUGGUUGAAUUGUCAACUAACGUGAAUUCAACAUGAAAUCAACAAAAAAUUUUACCAUGUCAUUGGAUUUAGAUUUAAAAAAUAUGAAUUUCCCUUACAUUGAUGACUUUCUUUUAAAUCACAUUGAAUUGUUUUGUUGAAAUGACGUGGAAACAACGUUGAUUCAACCAGUUUUUGCCCAGUGGGUUGUGAUUCCCACUUCUCUCAAAUUUAGAAUUAGGUCUGAGACUCUCUGGCCUACCAUUGCAAUUAAACAGUAUGCUAAUUUCAUUCUCUGUCUCUUUAUUUCUCUUUCUCUUUCUCUCUCUCUCGCUCCCUCUCUUUCUCUCUCUUUCGCUUUCUCUCUCACUCUUUCUCCCUCUCCCUCCCUCUCUCUCUCUCUCUCUCUCUCUCUCUCUCUCUCUCUCUCUCUCUCUCUCUCUCUCUCUUUCUCUCGCUCUCUCUUUCUCUCUCUCUCCCUCUCUCUCGCUCCUCGCCUCCCAGGAUCUUCCUGGAUGUCUCCCAGAAUGACAAUACAGCCCUGCGGCGUAUGAACCUGCGGUCCUUCCUCAUGGCCCCCCUCCAGAGGGUCACCAAGUACCCCCUCCUGCUGAGCCGCAUCAGCAAGGCCACCACAGAGUGCCACCCGGACCACGCCCGGCUCCGAGAGGCCAAGAGCCGUGUAGAGUCACACCUGGAGCACAUCAACAUGAAGACCAAGCAGGAAGGAACCCUUACCUGGUCGCUGCGUUCCUUCCGCCGUGACAGCCGCAAGAACCGCGAGGUCAUCAACAUUGAGAUGCGAGAGAUGUCCAUGAAGACGGUGGGCUGGGCCAGGGAAAACACACGCUUCGUCAUGGAGGGGCCCCUGCAGCUCUCCCAGCCCGCAGACGGACAGUGGGUGAAGAAGGGCAGUAAAGGCCUCAAGUUCCAGAACGUCCAGAGCCUGCUGAUGGUUCGUACGCAGCGGCCUGGGGAGGGGCUGUCUCCGACGGACGGCGGGGCUAUGGUGGAGCAGCAGGAGCACGGUGUGUGGGAUGGUGUGAUGGUGCUCAUCAAAGACAAGAGCAGCGGCAAGUUCACUGUGCUCAGAGAGCCCAUCCGCCUAGCCAACUGUGUGGUGUCGGCCGAUCCUGACUGUGAGGACACCUUUGAGGUGCUGGAUAUACGGAAGGAGGCCUUUGUUUUCAGGGCAUCUGACAAAUCCCGCACGCAGCAGUGGUUCCGGCAGAUCAAGAGGUAUACCCGUGACCUGGGACCAUGGAGGAAGAGGCGUAACGCGCUCCCCAAUAUCAUGAUAAACACAAACCAGGGCAGGUCCUGA